UUCGAAAAGUUGGAAGUUUUGCAUUUGAGAAAUGUGAACAAUUGAAAGAACUUGUUUUUAAUGACAAUGUUAUCUUUGAAGAUGGCGGCUGUUUUGAACAAUGCACUUCACUAACCAAAUUAGAUGUUCCAUUUUCUUAUAUGAAACACGUGUACACUGCAACUGAAAGUGAAAAGAAAAUAUUUAUGAGGCUUGGAAUUAAAGUUUUGAAUGUAAUGAAAAGCGAAGAAAUUGUUGAGAAAGUGUUUAAAUUUGACAACUUUUGUGACACAUUAUGUGAUGUUUCUAACCACGCUGAUUACGUUCAUCUUGGGGAUUUGGACAUGUUUGACAACGAUUCUAAUUAUUUGAGUGAACACCCAAGAGUGUACAUUCCUACUACUAUUGUUAAAGCAGACAUCGGAUGUUACAACUUCAAUAAUCCAAUUGAAAAGCUUUUGAUCUCUGAGAAUGCCUUUUUGUUAAAUGAAUCUAAUUUUUAUGUGAACAACGCAAAUAGAAUACAAAUACCAUCCACUGUCACAAAAAUUCCAAAGUGUUGCUUUUCAAGGUCAAAACUUGAAGAGUUUGUCGUGCCACCAAAUGUGCGUGAAAUUGGAACAGAAGCCUUUUCGGAUUCAAUGAGUUUGACGUCGCUUUAUAUCCCAAAAAGUGUUACAAAAAUUGGAAAACGUGUUGUUGCUGGAUGCACCAAUUUGAAUUCGAUUGUAUUUGAAGAUGGACGCACUUUUGAUAUUGGAAAAGAAACUGAAGACCAAGAAAAUAUCCACAAUGUUACACCAAAUACAACAAAACUGAAUUAUAACGUCGAGUUUCCCCUUAAUAGUACAAGAAUAGAAGUCCCAUCAAGUGUCACAAAAAUAUGUUAUACAUUUUUUAAAAAAUACAAAAAUUUGUGUGAAAUUGUAUUUCCUACAACAAUCAAAAAAUUUGAAAGUUUAAUAUUUGAUGAGUGUAACAAACUCACUAAAAUAUCAUUCUGUAGCUGUUUAAACAAAUCAGACAAUUCAAACAUGCAUAACAUUGAACAAUUCAAAAAAUUAUUUUUCAAAACAGUUGCUGUCAGUUACGCGUUUUAUCUUCAAAUGAAAGCGUUUGGGUACACAUUUUACAACGUCAAUUACUAUACAAGUGAUUACGACUUGUAUGGUACAAAGGUUGAUUUUUCUGUGAUUAAAUAUAUUUACAACCAAGAUAAAAAUGUUAUUUUAAAUAAUACAAAUUCAUUGAAAAGCUAUAUUUAA